UCCAAACGGAGGGGUAGUGGGUCGUGUGAAACUCGUAGAUGCCUUCGUAGACUUAGGGUCCUGAGCGGGAAGUAUUCCCCACCUCUCCGAGGGAGGUAGAGGUGCAGCCGGCCGACCCCUCCCUGCCCCGCGGCCCAAGUAAACAGCUGCACGUGGACGCGGGAUUUGGGGGACGCGCCCACGCCCCUUCCCAGCAGUACUGCAGCGCGUGGGGCUGCGGGUGGAGCCGCGGUACCGCGGCGAGACAGGGUGACCCGACUGCAUUCCUGGCCGGUGUGUCAGCGUCGCGUCCCGCCCCUCCGCGGAGGUUUGGGAGACUCCUCCAGAACUGUGAUGCUGCCCUUUAUCCUGCGGCUUUCGAGAACUCAGAGGAGGCCAAGGGCACAGGGAAGAGUUCCUCCGCCAGGGAUCACCAGACUAUGUGUCCCCUCGCGCGUGGGCUAGAAACUCUGGGGCUCGUCUUUUGAGGGCUCCUAGACUCCAAUUCCCAGAGAACCCGAGGGUGGCUAGUGGGGGACUUCGCCCAGGAGUGCUGCUGGGAAUUGUAGUCCAGCCUGAUUCUGGGCACGCCAGUAAAGCGCCAAGGCGGGUUUUUGUGUUGCGUUGUUUUGUUUUUGAGACGUGGUCUCAUUAUGUGGCCCAGGAUGGCCUCGAACUUGCAGAGAUACCCCUGAUUCUAACUCCCGAGUGCUGUGAUUAAAGGCCCCUUAUUUUUAUUUAAUUUAGACAGGUAAGCCGGGGCUCCGAGUCCUGAUUAAGGUGGGUCCUUUUCUCGCAGCAGUAUUGGGUCGUGUGAAUUUCUCCCCGCCUGGGAAACUGAGACUAAAGGUGUGGGGAUGGGCUCAGGAGUUCUUCCCCUGCACUCAUAGUAAAGUGGAGGUCUGGACUCCUGUGCAUGUCACCGUCCAGGGCGCCCUCGAUCUCUGGUCCUCAUUCUUUCUGUCUGUUAAAUGGAUCGCGCUUGACUCCAAAUGGCAAUGUCCCCUCUUGCGCCCCGCCCCUCCGGGACUACAAAUCCCAAGGUGCUCGAGGCGAUCGCAGCUCUCCCUUCCCUGUGGGACACGCCUUCCUCCAGUCAGAGUCCCGUCGUCUAACCUGUUCCCUGCGACUGCCCCGCCCCGUCCUCCGCUCCCCGCCGCUGGAGCCGGAGCCGGAGCCCGAGGAAAACCCCCCUGGUGCCAGGAUCUGCCCCGGACGCAUAUCCCGGUACAGCACCAGCCCCAUCCCAGAGCAUUUUGGCAGCAGAGGGUCCCCGCAGAAGACAUCCACGGAUAGCACAGAGACCCGUUUUGGACGCUCGGAGAGUGCCCCGUCCCUGCACCCCUACAGCCCUCUGUCCCCCAAAGGCCGGCCGUCCUCCCCACGUACCCCCAUUUACCUGCAGCCCGAUGCCUACAGCAGCUUGGAGCGUGCGCCAUCGCCCAGACCCCGUGCCUUUGACGGGGCUGCCAGUCCCCAUGGCCGGGCUCCGUCUCCGCGGCCUGGAGCUAGCUCGCUGCGCCAGCCGGGCCCCUCGACGCCCUUCGACUACCUGGGUCGCGCAGGGUCCCCCCGGGGCAGCCCUCUAGCUGAGGGACCCCAAGCCUUCUUCCCGGAGCGCGGACCUUCCCCACGUCCAACCACUGCAGGCUAUGACUCACCGGCCGCGUUCGGGAGCCCCCUGUUGGGCGCGGGGGGUAGUGCCUUCGCCCCACCGCUUCGCGCACAAGACGACCUGACGCUGCGCCGGAGGCCCCCGAAAGCCUGGAACGAGUCUGAUUUGGACGUAGCUUAUGAGAAAAAGUCUUCGCAGACAGCGAGCUAUGAACGGCUGGAUGUUUUCACACGACCUGCCUCCCCCGGUUUGCAGCUCUUACCCUGGAGAGAGAGCAGCCUGGAUGGGCUGGGGGGCAGUGGCAAGGACAAUCUCACCAGUGCAACAUUGCCACGCAAUUACAAGGUGUCCCCUCUGGCCACCGACAGGCGUUCUGACAUCGGCAGUUACCGCCGCUCUAUGGGCUCAGCUGGACCCUCAGGCACUUUGCCCCGCAGCUGGCAGCCCGUCAGCCGCAUCCCCAUGCCCCCCUCCAGCCCCCAGCCCCGCAACGCCCUGCGCCAGCGCCCCAUACCCCUCAGCAUGAUCUUUAAGCUCCAGAAUGCUUUCUGGGAACACGGAGCCAGCAGGGCUGUGCUCCCGGGAUCCCCCAUCUUCUCCCGAGCUCCCCCACCUAAGUUGCCUCCUCAGCCACCCCCACAGCCACCCACCCAGGCCCAACCUCAGAUGCCCCCCCAGCCCCAGGCCCAGGCCCAGCCUCAGACUCCAGCGCCUCAACAGACUUGGCCUCCCGUGAACGAAGGCCUCCUCAAGUGCCCUGCCGAGCUGGAGCCAGAGCCGGAGCUAGAGGGGCUACUGGCUCCCGUGCUGGAGGCGGGGGACACAGAUGAAGGCACUGUCACUCGGCCUCUCAGCCCUACCAGGCUGCAGCCAGCGUUGCCACCCGAAGCACAGACGGUGCCUGAGCUGGAGGAGGUGGCCCGAGUUCUGGCAGAGAUUCCUCGGCCCCUGAAGCGCAGAGGCUCCAUGGAGCAGAGCCCUGCCGUAGCCCUGCCCCCUACCCACAAGAAACAGUACCAACUGAUCAUCAAUAGACUCUUUCAUCGGCACGGCGGCCCAGGGCCUGGCGGGCCCGAGCCAGAGUUGGGCACAAUCACAGAGGGAUCCGAGGCCAGGGCAGGGCCCCCUGCUCCUGCCCCACCAGCUCCCGUCCCACCCCCUGCACCACCCCAGAGCAGUCUUCCAGAGCAGCCUCAGAGCGUGGAAAUGCGCUCAGUACUGCGCAAAGUGGGGUCCCCGCGCAAGGCCCGGCGUGCGCGGCUCAACCCGCUGGUGCUGCUGUUGGACGCAGCACUGACCGGGGAGCUGGAUGUGGUACAGCAGGCGGUGAAGGAGAUGAAUGACCCAAGCCAGCCCAAUGAGGAGGGCAUCACCGCUCUCCACAACGCCAUCUGUGGUGCCAACUACCCCAUUGUGGACUUCCUCAUCGCCGCGGGCGCCAAUGUUAACUCCCCUGACAGCCAUGGCUGGACACCGCUGCAUUGUGCAGCUUCAUGCAACGACACUGCCAUCUGCACCGCCCUGGUACAGCACGGUGCGGCCAUCUUUGCCACCACUCUUAGUGACGGCGCCACUGCCAUCGAAAAGUGCGACCCUUACCGAGAGGGCUACGCAGACUGUGCCACCUACCUGGCAGACGUCGAGCAAAGCAUGGGACUGAUGCACAACGGUGUUGUGUACGCACUCUGGGACUACAGCGCUGAGUUUGGGGAUGAGCUGUCCUUCCGGGAGGGCGAGUCAGUCACCGUGCUUCGGAGGGACGGGCCAGAAGAGACUGACUGGUGGUGGGCUUCGCUACAUGGCCAGGAGGGCUAUGUGCCACGCAACUACUUUGGGCUCUUCCCUAGGGUGAAGUCUCAGAGGAGCAAAAUCUAGCAGGAAUGAAGGACGAUUGUCAACGAGAAAAGUGCAAGCCAGCCUGCCUUCCACCCGGACCUUCCUAAUCCAACUACUGCUGAGUUUACUUUCGCCCUAAUCUCCAGAGGGGUGCAGCCUGCACCAGAACUUCUCAUUCUUCCAGACGCUCGAGGAAGGGCAGCCCCAGACUUAAGAUUAGGAAGCCACCUUAGGCAUUGGGGUGAGGUGGGGCUGAGGACCUUUGUGGGCAGGAGACCCCACAUGCACAUUUGCCAAAUCAGAUCUGGUUCAAAGAACCUCCUAACUGCCAGCAAGCCCCUGCACUGUCGCAGCUGACGCUGACAGGGUGACCCACCCCUUCAUUGCUGUCUUCCCUUCCCCAUUCCUUCCAGCAGCCUUGGGGCCUGGGUGAGGCGCAUGGCUCCUUAGCAGGAUGUCAGCUCCCCACCUCCCCAACCAAGUGCCUUCACACCUGUGUGGCUUAUGUUUGUAAUGACACGGGAACUGUUUCCUUUAUAAAUAAAGGUUGUUUGCACAGACAUGAA